GGGAUGGGCCACCUCGUCCCGUUCAGCCGCCUCGCGGUGUCCCUCUCCUCCUCAGACCACGGCUGCGGCGUCUCCGUCGCGCCCGUGCCCCCCCCCGUGUCGUCCGCCGAGUCCGCGCACCUCGAGGCCCUGUUCAGCGCGUGCCCGGCCGUGCGCCGCCUCGACUUCCACCUCGCGCGGUUCGACGCGUCCGAGUUCCCCGGCGCCGACCCCUUCUUCCUCCGCUUCGAGGCCAUGCGCCGCUCCGCGCCCCUCCUCGGCCCGCUCCUCGCCGGCGCCGGCGCGUCGGCGCUCGUGACGGACAUCGCGCUGGCCUCCGUCGUCAUACCCGUCGCCAAGGAGCUCGGCCUCCCCUGCUACGUCCUGUUCACCGCCUCCACCGCGAUGCUCUCCCUGUGCGUCCACUUCCCCGCCUACCUCGACGCGAAUGCCGGCGGUCCCGUCGGCGACGUCGACGUCCCCGGCGUGUACCGCAUCUCCAAGGCUUCCAUCCCGCAGGCGCUGCACCACCCCGAGCACCUCUUCACGCGGCAGUUCGUCGCCAACGGCCGCGAGCUCGCGAAAGCCGACGGCCUCCUGGUCAAUUCCUUCGACGAGUUCGAGCCAGAAGCCAUAGCUGCACUCCGAGAUGGCUCCGUCGUUGCCGGGUUCCCAAAUGUUUUCUCGGUUGGGCCACUCGCUCCGGUGAGCUUUUCGGCAGGUGAACCGGCGGAGAAUCAAGCCGAUUAUAUGCAGUGGCUCGCGGCGCAGCCGGCGAGGUCGGUGGUGUACGUCAGCUUCGGCAGCCGCAAGGCCAUAUCCAAGGACCAGCUCAGGGAGCUCGCCGUCGGGCUCGAGGCGAGCGGCCACCGGUUCCUGUGGGUGGUGAAAAGCACCGUCGUCGACAGAGACGACGAGGCCGAGCUCAGCGAGCUGCUCGGCGAAGGCUUCUUGGAGCGUGUGCAGGGGCGGGGCAUGGUGACCAAGGGUUGGGUGGAGCAAGAGGAGGUCCUGAAGCAAGAAUCCAUCGGUCUGUUCACCAGCCACUGCGGCUGGAACUCGGUCACGGAGGCGGCGGCGAACGGAUUGCCGGUUCUGGCAUGGCCGAGGUUCGGGGACCAGAGGGUGAACGCCGGCGUAGUGGCGCGCAGCGGGCUCGGCGUCUGGGAGGAGCGGUGGAGCUGGGAGGGGGAGGAGGGAAUGGUGAGCGGGGAGAGUAUCGCGGAGAAGGUGAAGGCUGUAAUGGCGGACGAGACAGUGAGGAACAAGGCGGUAAGCGUCCAGGAUGCGGCGGCGAAGGCAGUCGCCGACGGCGGCACGAGCUACCGGAGCUUGGCCCAAUUCGUGCAACGUUGCCGGGAUCUGAGCGUCAGCAAGUAAUACGACAUGGCUACAUUUAGAAGAAGCGUGAACACGGAAUAAUUGCUGCAUACCUCGACUGUUGUUAAACAAACGAUCUGUCAUUUAUCGGAAACUGAACAAAUGUAAGGAGAGAAUGUCAGAAUGAAUACGCUGUUACAAAAACCAAAA